ACGGGCCAGGCGAGCUGGGCUGCUGCAUCUUCCCGAGCUGCCUGGUUUUUUUUUUUUUCCUUCCUCUCUCCUCUCUCUCUCUCUCUCUCCCUGGGAGCCCCGUAUCCAGAUCCACAUCUUUGCUCAAGCCGAAGUGGAAGAGGAAAAAAGAGAGAGAGAGAGGAGAGCACACACAUAGACCAAAAAAAAAAAAAAGAAAAAACAAGAAAACCAACAAAAAACCAAAACCCACCCCCCCCAAAAAAAAAAAAAAAAAACCAACAAACCAACCAACAACCAACCAACCAAACCCCACACUUAGUGGAAACUUGUCAGAGAAUGCUCCUAAAGUCUGGUUUUCUGCUGCUGCUGGUGAUCAGUGCGUCUGCGUCCUAUGAAGCUGAACAGAAUGACUCUGUGAGCCCCAGGAAACCCAGGGUUGCAGCCCAGAACUCAGCCGAGGUGGUCCGCUGCCUGAACAGUGCCCUCCAGGUAGGCUGCGGGGCUUUUGCCUGCCUGGAGAACUCCACGUGUGACACGGAUGGCAUGUAUGACAUCUGCAAGUCCUUCCUCUACAGUGCUGCUAAAUUUGACACUCAGGGAAAAGCUUUCGUGAAGGAGAGCUUGAAGUGCAUCGCCAACGGGGUGACGUCCAAGGUGUUCCUGGCCAUCCGGAGGUGCUCCACCUUCCAGAGGAUGAUCUCGGAGGUGCAGGAGGAGUGCUACAGCAAGCUGGACAUGUGUGGCAUCGCCAGGCGCAAUCCUGAAGCCAUCACAGAGGUGGUCCAGCUUCCACACCAGUUCUCAAACAGGUAUUACAACAAGCUGGUGAGAAGCUUAUUGGAGUGUGACGAGGAGACCGUCAACACCAUCAAGGACAGCUUGAUGGAGAAAAUCGGGCCCAACAUGGCCAGCCUCUUCCACCUGCUGCAGGCUGACCACUGCUCCCAGGGGCACCCGCGGGCCGACUUCACCCGGAGACGCAUCUCAGAGCCUCAGAAGCUCAAACUCUACCUGAGGAACCUGCGAGGUGAGGCGCCCAGCCCGGCCCACGCGAAGCGCAGCUCCCACGAGAGCACCUAAUGCCCGGGGGAGCCACGCUGGGUGUGCAAGGGAUGCUAAGCACUACCAAAGCUGAAGAGUAAUGCACCCAAACCAAGUGUACUGUAGCUAGUUUUCAUAACAACCAGGAACUGGUUUUAGGUUUAGGCAUUAAGAUUUUCUAUUCCUCUGGAACAAAAACUCUUGCAUGGGUCUUGCGUUCGGUGUCUCAGCUUUCCCGCCGUCAAAAUGUCUCCAUCUCUUUGUUUUUUUUACCCCCCUCCCACUAAAAGAUACCCCGAAACAAUCUUAGUCUUAAGGAGAACCCUACAGGAGUCAGGCCUUCAGACACCAAACUCGAAAUGUCUUGUAGCACUGACACCAUCCAAGAUUUGGCAGCAGGGAGAAGGACUUAAUUCUCUCUCGUCAGAAGCUGGUAGGAGAUGAUAGAUGCACUAAUAACUCUUGCACAUCCUAAAGAUAUCAGUGGAAUUCGUGUUAUGAAUCUGUGCUGGCCAUGGACGAAUAUGAAUGUCAUAUUCCUGGUCUCUUAGUGUCCUACAAUCCUCAUCCUUCCAACACAGCUCCCUUAACCCGUUGAUUUACCCAACUCACUAGCUGGGGGGGUGAUUCUAGUGACCACGACCUGGCACCAGAGUGCAAAAUGAGUUAAAAUUCACACACACAUCCUGCCCCCUGACACACACCCAAUCAGGAAAGGAACAUUUUGUACUAGGGAAAUGAUUACAAGAGGUGCCAGUUGAUGGUUGAAGCUAGUCAGAAGGUUACAUAAUCUUGCAUUGUAUUUAAAAGCUAACAUCUAUGUACUGUAUUUAACUGUCUAAAGCUUUAAAAGAAAUCUAACAAACAAAAAAAAAAUACCAAGCCCUGUCUUAAGACUAGAGUAUUAAAGGUCUUGCUCUAACUGUGGUAUAAAUAGUUUUAAAAUCUGUCAUGUACUGUACAUAAAUUCCACGAGAGUCUGCUUAAAAGAAGCAGAAUAUAAGAACUUUAUUGCAUAAACUUAGUUUUGUACCUUAGCUAUUUCUGUUUUUUUUUCCUGGAAACAGUAUCUCUGUCAUAUCCAAGAGUUCACAUUCUACUCUGUGGCCUUUUUGUAAUGGAAGAGAGAAAAUGUUUAGGACAGGGAUGAUGAAGACAGGGCCAGAAAUGAGCUUCUCUUCUUAUAGUUAGGGAAAAGAAAAAAGAAAAGAAAAGAAAAGAAAAGAAAAGAAAAGAAAAGAAAAGAAAAGAAAAGAAAAGAAAAGAAAAGAAAAGAAAAGAAAAGAAAAGAAAAGAAAAGAAAAGAAAAGAAAAGAAAAGAAAAGAAAAG